UGAAGUGAGGCAGUCUGUCGGUGUUUUGGAACAGUGACGGUUGUGUGAAAUUGUGUUGAAAAGUAUAUUUUUCUGAUAAAUUUAAAGUGCUUUUGGAGUUCACGAUGUCGGAUGAAAUCGCGGAGAAUGGAACAGCGAACGGAGACGUCCCAGAGAUCGAGCUGAUCAUUAAGGCAUCGACGAUUGACGGGCGACGGAAGGGUGCGUGCCUCUUCUGUCAAGAGUACUUCAUGGACCUGUACCUGUUAGCUGAGCUUAAGACCAUCAGCCUAAAGGUGACAACAGUAGACAUGCAGAAGCCGCCUCCAGACUUCCGCACCAACUUCGAAGCCACGCACCCGCCCAUACUGAUCGACAACGGACUCGCGAUACUGGAGAACGAAAAGAUCGAACGGCACAUCAUGAAGUCCGUACCGGGCGGCCACAACUUAUUUGUACAGGACAAGGAAGUGGCGUCACUGAUCGAGAACCUGUACUCGAAGCUGAAGCUGGUGCUGGUACGCAAAGACGAACAGAAGUCGGCGGCGUUGCGCGCGCACCUCGGACGUAUUGACGGCCUUCUGGAACGCAGGGGGACUAGGUUCUUAACAGGCGACACAAUGUGCUGUUUCGACUGCGAGCUGAUGCCCCGGCUGCAGCAUAUCCGCGUCGCUGGCAAGUACUUCGUCGACUUCGAGAUACCGACGAGUUUCCGCGCCCUCUGGCGUUACAUGUACCACAUGUACCAGUUGGACGCGUUCACACAAAGCUGCCCCGCCGACCAAGACAUCAUCAAUCAUUAUAAACUGCAGCAGUUGUCGACGAAAGGUUUGGUGCUGUCGCCGACGCCCACACUGCAACGGAAAGAGAUACCGACGGAUGUGGCGCUGAAAAUGAAGAAACACGAAGAACUCGAGACGCCGACGUUCACGACGUCAAUCCCCAUCGACGUGAGCGAGAACAGUAACGCCGAAUAACUCGGCCGGCACGUGCCACGGUACAACAGUAGGCGGUCUACUCUUCCAAAUUAUACCAUCGCCACACAACGAGACUAAAUUCAACAGCAUAAUAUGUAUCGGAGACCACACGGUAAAGAGCCCAAUAUCCUACACUCCGUAUAGUGUAACUUGAUUACUUCUCCCUCCAUGUUCUAUAUUCAAAGUUGUGAUCCUUCCAUGUGAUAGUUUGACAAAGGUUGCGGUAUUGUCCAACCUCUUUACUCGUGUGGUCGGUCAGGGUGACCAGUAAGGGUAAUGUGCGACGCAGUGCCGAGACUGUAUAAUUCAGCGUGAUACUGACUCCUUCCAUCCGACGCCCGACUCGCCAAAACCACGCCAUUACGUUAGCGACAAAGUGCCUCUUGACAUUAGUCAUCUUUACAUUUUUAAUAACACUUUUUGGACACAAAGAGAUUAAUGCCAUGCAAGGUGCUGACAAAACACAUGAGGAAUUAUAUUUUUGUAUUAAAUUAAAUUCAUUUUUUUAGUAUUGCUCUAUCAGUAGAUUUAAAAUCUAUGGGAUUGUAUGUAUGGUUUGGUGCAAUCGGAAUUAAGUUUUAUGAAUACAUGCUGAGGAAAGCUUAGGAUAUUGUGAAUUAUUUAUUAUAUAUUUGGACAUUAUUUUAUAUAAAAAACCAUGUUAACUUUGUGACACCUUCAGCGGAUCACCUAUAUAUUUUAUUUUUAUUAUUUGCAAAUUGUAAGAAGUUAUUGUGGCCAUCAUUAUUUGGAUAAAAUAGCUUGGAGUGGUCUUGAAACAUUUUGAAUGUGCAUUUUUAUUAUAUUGAUGUAAGUGUAUUUGGCAGAGGAGAUGAACAAAUUGAAAUGUGGAUUUUUUAACCAUGUUGCAUCAAUCUUUACAAAUUGCAGUGUACCUUUGUCUGUAUAUGAAAAAUAAUAAUUUUACAAGUUUUUUUUUAUUUAGUUUAGUAUAGUUUCAGUGUUCAAACACAACGAAUAAAUGCCCAGGAUGUGUUGUUGUAUUAUAUUCACAAUAGUUGUAAGGUUGCUUCACAGUAUUCGAUUGUUUUUGUUCAUUUUGGACUCCUAUAGAUUAAUUUAUAGAUUUAAUGAGAUCAGUUUCACCGCCAUUUUGAUUUUAAUGCCUCUGCCUUAUUGUUGCUGUCGUUUUAAACAUCUAUUUCAUGUAAUGAUUACAAACAUUGACGUGAGCGCUCUUGCCUGCCUUAUGUUACGUUACCUUGUGAAUAAAGGUAUAUUUUUUGUCAUAAGAAUGUACUUAUUUUGUUUUGUUUACAUUUUCAGUUCCUUGUGUUUCUUGUUUAUAUUUUCAUUAUAUUUACGACCUUACAAUAGAACGUUAGAAGUGAGGCUUUAAGUUGGACCACCUAUUUAAAUAAUAGACAUUUGGCAUCUCAUUUUUGAGGGAUAUUUAUACUUUAAGAAUGUUAAAAACAAAAUAGGUCACUAUAAAGUUUUAUUAUUAGCAAACUUUGCAAAUUCAACACACAACUAGACAUAGAACACAACAGAGACAAGGGCGAGAGACGACCAGCAUGUCGAUUGGACAAUGUAUAAAAUAAUAAUUUACUAGAUUAUAAUGUAAAUGUUAAGGAAUAAACCUGGAUAAUAAUA